CAGUCUAUACUCUUUGGUAUCUAGCAUCGCUUUUCUGCAAUUUGACGUUCGCGAAGCUUUAUUUCGCGGCGUUUUGUUUUUCGGUAAAAAAUAGCGUUGUUCAAAAGAAUACCCUUCCAAAAUGGCAUACAAGGGACCACCGAAAGUACAGAAGGUGAUGGUACAGCCCAUUAACCUUAUAUUUAGGUAUUUACAAAAUAGAAGUCGAGUGCAAAUUUGGCUAUAUGAAAACGUGAACCUACGAAUUGAGGGACACAUCGUGGGAUUUGACGAAUAUAUGAAUAUUGUUUUGGACGAGGCGGAAGAAGUUCACAUGAAGACUAAGAACAGGAAACAAAUAGGCCGUAUAAUGAUGAAGGGCGACAAUAUAACGUUGAUACAAAACGUCAACCCGAACGCGUCGGUCUGAUAGGUUAUAAAAGUUAAGUGAAGUCAUUCCCAUGGAAAUAAACAUUUACAAGUGUGUCGGUCGCAUAUUGUAUAAGUGGACGAAACUGGUUUAUUAAAUGUAAGGUUUAUAA